GAUGAUAAAGUAAGAGCUGGAAGGUCAUUCAAUGACAGACCUCCAUCAACGCCAACAGGUUUUUGGGAUCUUGAGUUGGAGCAACGGAAGAGUAAUGAUAACGAUGAUGAAAAGGAGAAUGGUGUCGAGAAUACCUCACCUUAUGUUUUUCGUCGUCGUCGUCGUCACCCUUUAAGCUUUCGUUCAAUUCAGGCUGAUAUGUAA